AUGGAACGUUGGCAGAAUAAGGUGGCCGUUGUGACCGGGGCUAGUUCGGGAAUCGGAGCCGCGGUUGUGAAGGAUUUGCUAGAGGCCGGCUUGGCGGUUGCAGGUUUAGCUCGCCGUUAUGAACGAAUGAUCGUCCUCAGGAAUAGUUUACCAGCAGAACAACAAUCCCGAUUUCACCCCAUCAGGUGCGAUGUUUCAAACGAAGAAGAUGUGAAACAGACCUUUGGAUGGAUCGAGAACAAUCUUGGAGGGACCGAUAUUCUGGUGAACAACGCCGGUAUCGCGAAGCGUGGCUUGUGUUUGAUAACUCCUGAUAACACAACACCUAUUCGCGAAACGAUAGAGACAAAUGUUAUGGGGGUUGUUUACUGUACCCGUGAAGCAUUCAAUUCUAUGAAAAAUCGGAACUUUGAUGGGCAUAUUCUAAUCGUUAACAGCGUGGCCGGGUAUCAAAUUUGGAAUUUUAUGAAUACCGGAUUGUCUUCGAUGAAUAUGUACGCCCCAUCCAAGUUUGCUAUAACGGCUAUGACUGAAACAUAUCGACAAGAAUUCGCGAAUGUUGGAACAAAAGUGAAAAUAACAAGCAUUAGUCCUGGAUUGGUUGAUACGGAAAUUAUUUCAGAUAACAUGCGCGAUAGGCCAAUGUUAAAACCUGAGGAUAUUUCUAAGGCUAUACUGUUUGCCAUCUCGACCCCACCUCAUGUCCAGAUUCACGAGCUAACGAUCAAACCUGUUGGAGAAAACUUUUAGAUGUGCGCUUGUAAGAUUUCUAUUCCGAUAGGGUUAUCCUGUUGGUGCUACGUUUUAGAAGUGUAAAUCUUUCCAAUGACGACACAUCUAUCAGUUACCGGUUUGCGGCUAUUUUCCGAAUAUUUGAAUUAUUUGUAUAUACAUAUUUGUCAGAAAAAUCUUACGAAAAUAUUUUUGAAAAUAUAUGUCGUCGUAAAAUCAC